UCGUUGCUUCAAGCCACACCAGAGAUACUUUUGAGCGCGGCACUUGAGAAGAGAUUGUGUGACGAUUCGUUUAGUAACCGCGUGACGCACCAUGACAACGUGAACGCAAUUGGUCGACAGUCUGCUUGGUAAGGCGUUACACGUUCCGCCAUUCAAUUCCAAUUUGGAUUGCUAUCUCCUCCUUUCUAUAUCUCUGGCUACACCUCGCCAUACACUAAACGGCAGAAAACGUACCGCGAAGUCUGUUCAAGAACGUUUUGGGGAAACGACCAAAUCGUUCCGCAGUGUAGUUAACGUUCAAGUGAACUGAACGCACCUUGUAGUCAUUGCAUUAUUUUAACUACAUUGCCCUUCUGCCCCAGUUCAGGCUCUGCCUAAAAGAAAAUACUGCAAAGUGUCGUAAAACAGUUCUCCAUGCAGCAGCUAGCGUACACGGUCCAAAGGGAUGGUGCUCUAAAAACACUCAUUUUCAAAUCGAACUUCAAAUUCAUGAAGAUUUUCCUCAAACAACUUGCAAGGCUAAAGCAUGGAGGACAUGGAAGACGACUGUUUUGUUCUAAAUGACGACUACAACCAUAACUACUGUGCGAACAGUGCCAGUGGACAAGUCCUCUAUCUCGGGAACGAACUGUCAGAUGUACCCCAACCCCUAUCUAUCUCGCCGGUUCUAGCCACGCGAGAUGUAGCUGCGCAGGAGAACCACUCAAAGGUUUGUUCCAGUUCCAGCAGCGGUUUAAAGUUCAUGGAUUCAGACUCGAGCAGCGUGAACAGUGACACCAGCGAGACUGACAGCCCAUCGUCGGCUUCCAUCGCAGGGAAACUGACCCUGAACUCAGCCUCAAAGUUUCGAAGCAGACAAGCGUUAAUGACUGUUAUGACCUUUGCACCCUAUGGUUGGAAGGUCCUUGUUUGGAAUCAGUGGUGUAGUGGUGCCUGGAGAAUAAUGAAUGCAAUGACCGAAGAGGACUAUAGAACCACGUACUGGCCGAACCUGGAGAAAGCCAUUGACCACCUGCUAAUACAAAACCCCAUGGACCACAUGUCCAUUUCAUACGAGCAGAUCUACAGUUGUGUGUACAAGUGUGUUUGUCAACAGCACUCUGAGCUACUGUACAAAGACUUGAUGCUGAAGAUUACUACCCAUCUUCGACAAGUCUCUUCUGAUCUUCAAAUUAGUCCACCAGGGAAUUUCAUUGAGAAUUUCAACAUUGCUCUGACUCGGUACACAGAUGCGCUUCAAUGCAUUGUUCCCGUAUUCAUCUACAUGAAUAAGUUCUACAUUGAAACGAAGCUAAACCGAGACCUGCGAGAAGAUCUCAUGAAGCUUUUCACCGAUCAUGUUGCAGAAAAACAUGUGAACGCGUUAAUACCUCUUCUCCUCGAAGCCCAUUCCAUGCCUUUUCAAGUCAGACCUUCAACAAUGGCUAGUGUGGUCAAAGGCCUGUAUACUCUUUGGCCCGAUUGGGCACAUUUAGCCCCAGCUCUCUUCUCUGGAUUCAUUCCUCAAAUCAACCCGCCAACAGUGGAAUCCCAGCUGUCUGACUAUGCUGCUCGUGACCAGAAACUACAAAUGGAGCUAUCUCUGAAUGGUUUUCCCAGAGGUGACCAGUCUCGCAAGAGAGCCAGCGAGUAGUCUGCAUAGAGUAAGGGAUGCUCUGACCGUUAGCGACCUGGUUCAACCCAAAUUGACAAAACACUGUGAAUGAUGGAAGAUUCUCUGAUGCUGUGUGAAUUGGGUGAGCGUAAGCAUGGGCUCAUUUUUGACCCACGAGUUGUAGUGGACACGGUUUCUUUGCCUCUUCUGAAAAGCACAGUGAGUUCAUGAUGGUGCAUCAUUGUUCUUUCAGUUUUUGAUGGUAAAUUAAUCUUCAUUAUUGCUAAGAUACUAUGAGGUUUAAUGGGUUUGUUCUUAUUUUUCCAUUAAAGUGUGCCUUCUACUCUGCUUUGUUGGGAUAUUCAAGUUGCCUAACCGAUGCCAUUUUAGGCUCCCGAGUGGCGCAGCGGUCUAUGGCACUGCAUCUCAGUGCUAGAGGCGUCACUACAGACCUGGUUCGAUUCCAGGCUGUGUCACAACCGGCCGCGAUUGGGAGUCCCAUAGGGCGGCGCACAAUUGGCCCAGCGUCGUCCGGGUUUGGGCUUGGCCGGGGUAAGCCGUCAUUGUAAAUUAGAAUAUGUUCUUAACUGACUUGCCUAGUUAAAUAAAGGUUAAAUAAAAAAUAUAUAAAAAAAACAUGUGGAUGGGCAUGAAUCCCAGUUUGACCACAUAUUGUAUACUGUGUCGAUCAUCGUUCGUGUUCAUUAGGGCAUGCAGCGCAAAAAAAAAAUACAAAUAUAUUUUACAAUGGAAAACUAAAAGGAUCUUUUCUGAUUGGACAAAUCUAGGUAGUCCCUCCCUUAUCCAUUUUUUUUUCUUUUUUUCUUUUUGUUCCUAAUGAACAUGGCCCUGAUCUCUAACCAGAACCACCCGGAUCUCUUAUUGGUCUUAUUGAUCUGAUUGAGUAACUGACAGUCUGCUGCUGCUCCUAUUCCUCAUUUGUUGUUGUGUAGAACACUUGAUAUCUGUCUCUUGUUUAACUAAUAUUGUGUCUCUUUUGUAUCAGUCAGGUCUGUCUUGAUUCUCCCCAGUGAUUUUUAAGCUAAAGGGGCUUGUCUUUAAUCUCGGCACACAACUAAAUGUCCCGCUAGUCGACUUAACAUUUUAAAUGUCUAUCAUGGCAACUUUAAACCAAUCCACCUCCAAGUCUUGUUCAUCUGGAACUUACAGAAUAAAAUAUGGCCGGCAUAACAUAGGAUUUCUACACAAACGGUACAAACAGCAACAAUGCAUGUUCCGUUACAUUUUGAGUAAAGUUUAAGUUAUAACUGAAAAGGUUGUGUAGGUAAUACUUUUUUUUAAAGGAUUUACAUUUCGCUUUUAUUGAGUUGUUGUCGAACCAAAUCCUAUUUGCCAAGCAUGCUACAAGAUGAUUGACAAUGUUUUUCUUCCCUGUUAUUAAAAGUUGCAUUGAGACUCCACAAAUGAUGGCGUCAGUCUACCCAUGUUGCUGCUGUAUCUGGGUUCGCCUGCGCAUUAUAUCAAGUCACUGAGCCAAUUGAUUCCAAUCAAAUUUUGAACGUGUUGUGAAUUUUGUUACAGUGAUGAUGUCAAAUGAUGUACAGUAGGUGGAUGUCGAAUGGUCCCUCUGUUCUCUCAAGUUGCCCAGACGAUGUAAACAGAUCCAGUCACGGUGUGACGGUCAAUUUGACCUUUGUUACAUGUUUAUGUUGAAUGAAAGGAUUUGAUACAGCUCUUUGCACUGUUUUAAGUGUAAUGUGACGCUCGAGCUUGCUUGUGAUUGUUCUCCUGUGAGGAUGUUGGAGAUGACUCACUCAUUGUCUUAUGUGCAGUUUUGCUUUCAAUAAACAAAUCUUGAAAAUGA